AUGCUGGCUACAUCCUACAACCACACAAUGGAAUCUCCUGCUACCUUCUUCCUUGUGGGCAUUCCAGGUUUGCAGUCUUCUUAUCUCGGGCUGGCCAUCUCAUUGAGUUCCAUGUACAGCAUAGCUCUCUUAGGAAACACCCUCAUCAUUAUUGUGAUCUGCAUAGAUUCCACUCUACAAGAGCCCAUGUACUUCUUUCUAUGUGUUUUGGCUGCUGUGGACAUUGUUAUGGCUUCUUCUGUGGUACCUAAGAUGGUGAGCAUCUUCAGCUCAGGAGACAGCUCCAUCAGCUUUAAUGCCUGCUUCACUCAGAUGUACUUUAUCCACGCAGCCACAGCUGUGGAGACAGGGCUGCUACUGGCCAUGGCUUUUGAUCGCUAUGUGGCCAUCUGCAAGCCCCUACAUUAUAUGAGAAUUCUCACCCCUCAUGUGAUGCUGGGGAUUAAUAUAACUAUCACCAUUAGAGCUGUUAUUUUCAUGACUCCGUUGAGUUGGAUGUUGAGUCAUUUGCCUUUCUGUGGCUCCAAUGUAGUUCCACAUUCCUAUUGUGAACACAUGGCUGUGGCCAAGUUAACAUGUGCUGACCCCAUGCCCACCAGUCUCUACAGUUUGAUUUUUUCCUCCAUCAUUGUGGGUUCAGAUGUGGCCUUCAUUUCUGCCUCUUAUACUUUGAUCCUCAGGGCAGUAUUUGGUCUGUCCUCAAAGAAUGCACAGAGGAAGGCAUUAAGCACAUGUGGCUCUCAUGUAGGGGUCAUGGCACUGUACUAUCUCCCUGGUAUGGCAUCCAUCUAUGUAGCUUGGCUAGGGCAGGACAAAGUUCCUCUGCACACCCAGGUGUUGUUAGCUGACUUGUACCUGAUUAUCCCACCCACCCUAAACCCUAUCAUUUAUGGUAUUAGGACCAAGCAGAUCCGGGAGCGGAUAUGGAGUCUGCUGAUACAUUGCUUCUUUCACCAGUCCACUCAAGGUUCAUGA